CUCAGCUGUGCACAGCAGACCCAGCAGCUACCUGGGCAUGGACGGCGUGAGCACCGCGGUGCUGCUCCUGCUGCUGGCCGGGGUCUACCUGCUCCUGUCCCUCAGCUUUCGGAGCAAGGGCAGGCUGCCCCCGGGCCCCAGGCCUCUCCCGGUUCUGGGGAACCUGCUGCAGCUACCCUCCCGAGAUUUGCUGACCUCGCUCACCAAGCUGAGCAAGGAGUAUGGCUCCAUGUACACCGUGUACCUGGGUCCCAGGCGCGUUGUGGUGCUCAGCGGGUACCACACGGUGAAGGAGGCGCUGGUGGACCAGGGGGAGGAGUUCAGUGGCCGUGGAGAUUACCCAGUGUUUUUCAACUUCACUAAGGGCAAUGGCAUCGCUUUCUCCAAUGGAGAACGGUGGAAGGCCCUGAGAAGGUUCUCUGUUCAGAUUCUACGCAACUUUGGGAUGGGAAAGAGAAGCAUUGAGGAGCGGAUCCUGGAGGAAGGCAGCUUCCUGUUGGAGUCUCUGCAGAACACAGAAGGUGAGCCCUUCGACCCAGUGUUCGUGCUGAGCCGCUCCGUGUCCAACAUCAUCUGUUCUGUGAUCUUUGGGCACCGCUUCGACUACAGCGACGAGCGUCUGCUCUCCAUUAUCCGCUUCAUCAACGACAACUUUCAGAUCAUGAGCAGCCCCUGGGGCGAGCUAUACAACAUCUUCCCGGGUCUGCUGGACUGGCUGCCUGUGGGGUCGCACCGACGAAUGUUCCAGAACUUCAGGGGUAUGAAAGAGCUGAUCGCUCGCAGCAUCCGUGAACACCAGGCUUCCCUAGACCCCGACAAUCCCCGGGACUUCAUCGAUUGUUUCCUCACCAAGAUGGCCCAGGAGAAGAAGGACCCGCUCACCCACUUCCACAUGGACACCCUGCUGAUGACCACGCAUAACCUGCUUUUCGGUGGCACCGAGACGGUGGGCACCACGCUGCGCCAUGCCUUCCUCAUUCUAAUGAAAUACCCCAAAAUUCAAGCCCGCGUGCAGGAAGAGAUCGACAAGGUGGUGGGGCGCUCGCGGCAGCCCACGCUGGAGGACCGCGCGGCCAUGCCCUACACUGACGCUGUGAUCCACGAGGUGCAGCGCUUCGCCGACGUCAUCCCCAUGAACUUGCCGCAUCGCGUCAUCAAGGACACAGAAUUCCAGGGCUUCCUGAUACCCAGGGGCACCGACGUCAUCACCCUCCUUAACACUGUGCACUACGACCCCAGCCAGUUCAAGACACCCCAUGAAUUCAAUCCUGAGCAUUUUCUAGAUGCCAACCAGUCCUUCAAGAAGAGUCCAGCCUUCAUGCCCUUCUCAGCUGGGCGCAGGCUGUGCCUGGGGGAGCCUCUGGCCAGAAUGGAACUCUUCCUCUACUUCACCGCCAUCCUGCAGCGCUUCACCUUGCAGCCGCUGGGGGCACCCGAGGACAUUGACCUGACCCCGCUCAGCUCUGGACUGGGCAAUGUACCCAGGCCUUUCAAGUUGCGGGUGCUCCCCCGCUGACACCCCACUACUAGAAGCCUGGCCUGUGAGCUGGGUGGCGGGUGUCUGUCUAGAGAAUGUUCUGUACUUCUCCACCUGGUUCCUGGCUGGUUGUCACAUUCUGUUCCCCUGUCAUCCUAGUCCGUCUGUACCUUUAUCCACUUGAAAUGUUCAGAGAGAAACUCUAGGGCAUGGAAAUGCAUCUCCUGUGCCCUGGACCUGCACAAUGCAUUCUGUGACUUGCCUUUUCCUGAAAUUUCUGUAUCAUUUCCAAUCACAUUAUCUAAUAGAUUCUAACCUGUCCUGGCUGAGUUAAAA